AUGGACCCAAUCAAGUACGUGCUUGAAAAGCCCGCAGUAACUGGACGAGUAGCACGAUGGAAGAUGUUGUUGAUAGAAUAUGAUAUUUCUUAUGUCACCAGGAAAGCUAUCAAAGGUAGUGUCAUUGCCGAAUACCUAGCUGAAAGAGCCGUAGAGGAUUACCAACCUAUGGAGUUCGAAUUCCCAGACCAAGAUAUAGACUCCCUAACCCAAGAAGAAGAAGACCUCGAAGAAUGGAGGAUGUUGUUCGAUGGGGCAGUCAAUGUUUGGGGACAUGGGAUAGGUGCGGUACUCAUAUCUCCCGAUGGGAAACAUUAUCCAGUGGUAGCUAAGCUCAUCUUCCCUUGUACUAACAACGUAGCCGAAUACGAGGCAUGUAUAUUGGGUUUGUGGACUGCUUUAGAUCGGGGUGUCAAGCGACUAAUAGUAAGAGGAGACUCGGCCUUGGUCAUCCACCAGCUAACCGGAGAAUAG